GAUGCCACCUACCGUAAGUUCCCUCGCCGCCAGCUUCAAUGCCGAGAUUAGCACCAACUCCGCGCGUUCCAAUGCCCUUACAGAACGGUUGAAUCAAGACACAAUCCUCUAUGAACCUAGAGCUGACUCUCUGCAGUUCAGAUCCUCACGCUCAGGGCGACAAUUCGGUGACGCCGCCAACCGCAACCGAACGGGUCAGGUCGAUCACGACGUGUUUGAAGGACUCCCCGUACGACGAUGGACGCGCCAGACUCAGACCGUAUCACAAGAGCCCAAAAGCGAGGCACCCGACCCCAAUGACGCUCAAGGUCCGGGAGGGCGACCCACUAUCCCCGAACACCCAAUGCCCCGAGACAGCCACCUGUUGACCCCGGCGAGUCGAGCGCUCCUGCGCGCAGCCCGUGCAGGUUGCAUCUAUAUUCGGCAAGCUUCGAAGGACUUUGAAGACGAGGAGAAGGAGGCGACCGAUGGGGAGGAGCAACCUUUGGUCCAGAGCACGGAACGCAGUUUUGUGACCCGCAAGUGGACGUCCGUUCCAAAGCAUCUCGAGGCCGUGGAGGUGGAAUUCCUUGCGAAGAGACGGCCGGGGAUGCCAUCUUUGUAUGGUACAUCUGCAAAUGCAGAUGGAUCUAGUGCGGGUCCGAUGAGGCGGACUCGUUUCAAGAAGGUCGACCCGGCUACAGGAAACAUUUCGAUUUAUGAGGCUUGGGUGCCAGAAGGACAUAAGAUUGAGGGAGAGAUUACCGAUGACGCUCAGGUCGCUGCUCCGAGUAGCACUGUCACGGUUACUCCGGAGGCACCGGCUCCAGGAACUGUCAUCGAAGGUGUGGGGGUGGUCAACGCAGAGGGCGUUGUAGUUGCGGAAGCCGGAUCGGUGAAUGUAAUGACGCCUCCGAAGAGGCGACCUCCCCCUCCGAAACGCAAGGCCAAGGGGGUCGGAAAGGGAAGAAGAAAGAAGGUCAUGUUCGCUCCUGGCGACGGUGCGGAUGCCUCUCAGGUGCAUGGGGUAGUGGGGUCUGAUGGUGCGGCAGACAAAGAAGAUGGCACGGAUCCCUCGAGAUUGUCCGUUGACCAAGCUGGCCAGGACGAUGACGAUGAGGAAGGUGAGGAGGGUGAUGAGAGUGACGAUGGUGAUGAGUCCAUGCUUGAUGCAAAGACACCAGAGACUUCGGUGCCACCGACAAGCACUGAGCCCUCGGCUGCUCCGGAACCCCUGCCAACACCGGCACUGGCAGUUGCUGAACCGCAGCCACCAGCUGUUCAAACACCUCCUGCUGCUGUCUCAGAGACGCCUUCACAACCUACAGUAAGGCCACCAGUUCCUUUCGAGCCUUCAGAAGUAUCUCUCGGUAUCUCCACGCCAGUUUUAGCCGAAAAGCCGGUUAAAACCUCAGCACAACCCGAGGACGUGGAGAUGGCAGACGCCGCUCCUCAACAGGAGCAAAGCAUAAAGUCUCCUCCUCUUCAGGAACCAGUUUCACAGGAACAGACAGUUCAAGAAAGUGCAAAGACAGCCUCGCAGGCACCAUCUCAAGACACACCUCAGGCACCCGUCCCAGAGACACUUUCAAUCACAGCAAGUACGGAACAGACCGCUCCGGAAUCAUCAGUGUUUGAGCCAUCGGGAAGUACUGAUGAGACAGCUGGGCCACCGACCGAGCAGCCCCAACACGAUGAGGAUACGGUCAUGGAGGAUUCCGCGGCCCUCCCGGAAGCUGCUUCCAAACCGGACUCUGAACAAUCAGCUCCUGAGCCUCUGUUUAACCAGAAAUCCAACGCUCAACCCAAUGAAGAAGAUACUGAAACUAAGGGGUCCGAUCUACUCGCCUCAUUGGAAGCAAGCCUGGACAAACCAUCAGAAACAGCCCAGCCGAGUGAACAGACGGUUGAGGUUGAGAUGAGAUCCAUUGAUCAGUCUGCUGUCACAGAGCCAAUCGCGGAAAAUACGCCUCAGACCACUAGCGCAGCGGCAACUACUGUUGACCACUCAUCUGUAGAUGUCACCGACCCGGUUUUGGAGCGGCCCGCGGAGCAGCCCGCUGCUCCUGAUCAGGCAGAACAGGCUUCUCAGCCACCUUCUGAGCAACCAGACAAACAACCAACUUCUGAAACGCCUGGGCAGCCUACAGGACAGAUCCCAGACGAGGCUGCCGCCCCGGCUGAUGCCCCGGCUGCUGCAGAGCAAGCGGACAAGCCAGCUAUCGAACAACAGCAGCCUCAGUCUGAGGAUUCGAUAAGUAACCAAGUUGCACCGCAGGCCACGGAAGCCUCUGCUGAUGAGCCUGCGGCUCCGCCUACGAGCACAUUAGCUGAACCGCCAGCCGAGCAAAUACCCGACCAGCCAACUUCCACGGAGCAGCCUUCAGAGCCCCCAGUCCAAUCUCAACCAUCUAUCGAAACGUCCGAGGAGCAAAAGCGGCCCAGCCCAGAGGAGCCUGCUGCCGUUGCUUCUUCGGAGGCAACGCCUACGCCAGCACCGCAGCCAGCACCGCCUCAAGAGCAGCAGCAGCAGCAGCAACCUUCACCCGAAACCCCUGAACCACCUACAACAUCCACCCCUCCCGUGCCUGCCGCUGAGCUCCCAUCAGAAACACCACAGUCCGAAUUUGCACCUGAGCCUCAGCAACCUCCAGACCAACCUCAGGAACCUGAGACUCAGGACUCGAAGCCUCCCAGCACCACUACCGCACCCCAAGACCCACCACCAGCCGAACCUCAACAACCCUUACCUAACCCCGAACCCGUGGAAUCUGCACCCGACCCAACCAGCGAAAACACAGAUAAACCUGCCGAGGACUCAACCACAGCCGCUUAAAUUCACUCCCCAAGCUUCACUCAUCCCGAACAAAAGGCGCAAGCAAGGUGUUUUGGUCCACGCGUUCAGUCAGUUCCAUUCGAGCUACCUUUCGGAAACCGGGGACCAGGAAUGAUAUAUGUGUGGGGAAACUAUUUAUGUAUAUGGUUCAACUUUCAAUCUAAAUAACUCUUUUCGCCCUCUUUCAAUCUUAUACAUUCUUGUUUCUUGUUUGUCUUGUGGGCGGGGAGCAGAAGUUCAAUGCCGCGGAAGUUGGUGGUUCUCACAUACCGAUCCCAUGGGAUAUAUAUUUAUGCCCGUCGAUCUACGUGGGCAGGAAACAAUCAACCGGUAGUCCGCAAUUACAGGCUGGAACAUGUCCCAGAGAAGCCUCCUGUAACCCUAUCCACCUAGUAGCGUAUCAUUAGGAACGAUCCAAGUAUACCAC